CUGUCGUAGAUUGCGAACGAAACACUGCGCACCAACUUCAUCUCAGUCGCGAAUCACGAAUGCGGCCGGGCCGCAACGAUGUGCCAUAAUAAAAUAAAAUAAACAUAAAUUUUAGUUUUGAACCUUUUAAAUUAAUAAUUAUGAAAAUAUUGUAAUAUAAAAUAUCAAAAAAUGUGUUCAACGCCAGAAAAGUGUUCGUGUAAAAUGUUCAUCUUCAAAAUUGCCAUUUGCUCUCUUGUGUUGUGUGCUGGUGUCGUCGAUGGAUUUAAUCUGGACACGCAGAACUACGCCAAGUUUGGCGGACAUUCCGAGUCCAUGUUCGGAUUUAGCGUCGCGACGCAUCGAUUGCGAAGUGAUAGUUGGGUGCUGAUUGGUGCUCCAAAGGCGCAAAGUCAACAACCGAAUGUGGAGCGAGGUGGUUCUGUGUUCAGGUGUCGCAUCGAUCAGGACAACAAUUGUGAAGAAGUGCCAUUUGAUACAAAAGGUUCGAACGUAGACCAAAACAAAAUCGAAAUCGACUCGAAAUCAAAUCAGUGGUUCGGCGCGACAGUGCACAGUGCAGGCGAAAACGGACCCAUUGUGGCCUGCGCACCACGCUACGUUUAUUAUGGAACGAAGGGCGAUCGUCGUGAUCCCGUCGGCACUUGCUACGUCUCAUCCCCUGAUUUUAGGAACUAUUCAGAAUAUUCACCAUGUCGGACACGAUACUUUGGCUACCAUCGACAAGGCUCGUGUCAGGCGGGUUUCAGCGCUGCACUUACAAACGAUGGACAUAGAUUAUUCCUUGGUGCACCAGGCAGUUAUUACUGGCAAGGCCAAAUAUUUUCGAUCGAUGCGAACGCCAAAUUUCCUUUUAGUCCGGGAUUAUUUACCAACGGAGCCUUCGGCUCAGAAUACGACGCCGACGAUUUGGUAUGUUGCGAUGUGUUCUUCUCGAAAGUGCAACGACACAGCGAAUCGGUAAUCGAACGCUGCACGACGUUUCGUCUAGAUGUCAGCCUAUUGGACCAGCACAGUCGGCGGCCGCGUUGGUUGGCGCAGACGUGCCACGCCCUCUUCGCACAAGGUCAAGUAAGUCAACAACCCCUGGAGAAACGCCCUGCUGUGGUGUCAACCAAUGAAGGCGUGGCAUUAGAAGAUGACUCCUACAUGGGAUACUCAAUGGCAGUAGGAGAUUUCACAGGAGAUGGUGAGCAGGGAGUAGCUGUGGGUAAACCACGUGGAUCACGCCUUCUAGGACAAAUCAACCUCUUCACUUGGAACCUUACCAACUAUCAAAACAUUUCCCUUGCGGAAUAUGGACAUCAAAUUGGUACUUAUUUCGGAUAUAGCAUAGCAGCAGGUGAUUUCGAUGGUGAUAAGACUGAUGAUCUCAUUGUGGGGGCGCCACUGCAUGUUGAGCCUAAUAAUGAAGGCAAAUAUGAAGUGGGGCGGGUUUAUGUCAUCUACCAAGGAAGAGAAGCUUCCAAAUUCAGGAGAUUUAAUACUAUUGAUGGUUUUAAAUCAAAAUCACGUUUUGGGUUGUCGGUUGCAACCCUGGGGGAUAUUAAUAUUGAUGGGUAUGCUGAUUUUGCUGUGGGUGCUCCAUACGGAGGACCAAAUGAACGUGGAGCUGUUUACAUCUACCACGGAGCUAAAUCCUUGAAUGAAGCAAAAUACAGUCAAGUUAUUUACGCGGAGGAUGUCAGUCAUGGUCUUCCGAUCAAAACCUUUGGUUUCUCUUUAUCUGGUGGAGUUGAUCUGGAUUCCAAUGAUUACCCUGAUAUGGUUGUAGGUGCUUAUGAUAGCGACACCGCUUUCUUCUUCAGGGCUCGUCCUGUGGUGAAAAUCGAAUCACAAGUGGAUUUUCUAAAUAGAAAUAAAAAGAUUGUCCUUGAAGAGAAGAACUGUACGUUAAGGAAUGGAGGCAAGGUUCCAUGUACACGUGUUAAGAUUUGUAUGAAAUUCCACGGGAAAAAUGUACCAUCCGCCAUUGAACUUGAUGUUGAAUAUGUGUUGGACGGGAAGAAAACACCUCCGAGGAUGUUCUUCUUGACCAAAGAGGAGAGUACCAGUAUGAAAGAAAACAUUCGAUUGCGACAGGGUCAGGAUAUGACCUGCAGGGAGAAGAUGGUGUAUAUUCAGAGUGAUAUUAAGGAUAAACUUACACCUUUAGAAUUUGAGGUUAAAUAUGCUAUGAAGGAAGCACAAUCGUUGUAUCUCAACAGACCUAGAGAUCCUAGAAUACCCGUCACUCCUAUUCUAGACCCGAAUCAUAAACAAACCAAUAAGGAUUCACUGACUAUACAUAAAAAUUGUGGACCGGAUAAUAUCUGCAUACCUAACCUUAAACUUGAAGUUAAAUCGAAUGUUGAAAGUUUUCUGCAGGGUUCAAAAGACAAAUUGGAAUUUGAUGUUGUGGUCCACAACCUGGGUGAAGAUUCCUUUGAAUCUUCUUUUGAUAUGCACCUCCCUGAAGGUAUCCUUUUUAAUAAGAUCCGUCAAGGUGGCCAUACUGAAGUUAGAAUCUUAUGUUCUGCUCCUGAGAAUAAUACCGUUAUCUGUGACAUUGGAAAUCCGUUGCCAGCGAAUAAGAUUGUACGCUUCACGGUUUUGUUGGAUACUGCUCAGCAUAGGGAAGGAAUGCGUCCAACUUAUGAUUUUCUGAUGACUGUCAACAGCACCAAUCCGGAAACACCAGACACCAUGUUUGAUAAUCGUUUUGAAAAGUCCAUACCCAUCUGGGUGAAUUCCCAACUGGAACUUUCAGGCACCUCGAAACCAGCUGAGGUUCAUUACAACGCUUCAGUUUUCUCAUCGGAGAAGAUUACCAAAGAGAGUGAUAUUGGACCACAGGUUAUUCAUCUAUAUUCGAUUAAGAAUAAUGGACCAUCCAGUUUUAACGAAGCAGAAGUUGUGUUUUUCUGGCCAUAUGCUACUUUAGGUGGAGAAGAUUUACUAUAUCUUGUUGAACAACCUCAUAUCUUAGGAAAUAUGAAAUGUGAGGUUGCCGAAGCAAACUACAGAGGUUACGAGUUAGAAGUAAGGAAGAAAAGUAUCUGGGAUCAGUUAGGUAUAUCCCCGAGUGAGUUUGCUAGUUUAACCCAGGCUGGAGGGUUGGUAAUUAUGGAAGGACCAGGAACUCAUGGGUCCACACCUAAGGAUAUCAAACACACGAAUAGAAAUGAAGCUGAGGAAAGGCAACAGGUAACAAGUUCUGCUUCAAGUGGUUUAGCAGCUGGUAGCGGAAGUGGCACAGUUGUACAUGUGAGCAAAGAUACAGGAAGUGGUAGUAAAGUAUCCGAAACACACGUGGCUGAAGGAUGGUCUCAGAAUGGCACCACUUAUUCCAAAGACUUUCAAGGUGGGAGAGUACAUGUUACUCAAACCUCGCACACAUCUUCAUCUUCAUCGUCAAGUGGUGGGGGUGGGGGAUCAAGUGGUGGAUAUCAAAGUGGGUAUUCUGGAAGUAGUAGUAGUAGCAGUAGCAGUUCAAGUAGAGGUGGAAGUGCAAGCGGAGUAUAUCAAGGACAUGCUGGUACAGGUUCAGGUUCACAGGAAGUGAUAAUAGUCUAUACUUCUUCGGGUAAUAAACCUUCAGAAGCUGCUAUAUCCUUCACUAGUGGUUCUUCUGGUACAGCCACGGCUUCUUCAUCUUCAUCUUCAACAUCUUCUGCGGGGGGUUAUCUUGAUAGCACUUCUUACGUUGAAGGCCGUCGAUCCGGUCAACAAUUCAAUGCUUCCGAUGGUGGACACACCACAUAUCAAUCCGGAACCUACUUCCAACGUCCAAACAAGACAAAUAUAAAUAUAAAUCGUCAUUUUGAUUGGAAUUCUGCAUCAGUGAGUAAUCACACCACAAGUGGUAGACCCUCAGCGUCUUCUGCUGAUGUAUACCAACAGAAUAGAGACUUUUAUGCUGAGAGACAACGUGAACAAGAAGAGAGAAGAAUUCAUGAACAAGAAGCACGUCGUCAGGAAGAGAAACUCAGGCGGCAGCAGGAAGAACGACGAGUAGCAGAGGAGCAUCACCGUAUUAUGUUGGAACAACGACGUGUUGAAGAAGAAAGAAUCAGAGUUGAAGAACAAAGAAGAUUGGCUGCUUCUGCUACAGUUGUAUCUUCAGGUCGUAGAAGACCCGAUGAGGAAGCUAGAAUAAGGGCUGAAGAAGAAGCACGACGAAUUGAACAACAACGAAGAGAUGAAGAGUAUAGACAACAGCUAGAGGAAUACAGAAGAAGGCAGGAGGAAUAUAAUAGAAACUAUGGUAUUGCAACAGCUACUGUAUCAUCUGGUUCUGUAUCAAGUCACGGGACCCAAACACAAACACAAACUCAUCAACAAUCAGCACAAGAUUUCAAUUAUUCCGAGGAGAUUUACAAUGGUUCAGAAGAGGACUAUCAAGAUUUAAACCAAGAGGGUAGACACAGUCAGAGUCAUGGCGCUGGUUACAACUUCAGCCAAGCUUCCCAUGGAGGUGCACAUCAAGGUACCUAUGGUAGUUCAUCAGGAGGCUGGGCAGAAUCAGCCGCCGCUGGUGGUGGCUUCAGAACCACUGGUAUUGACUUGGGUAUACUUGGAACUGGUGGAUCUACAUCUGGUAGUUCUGGUACUUCUGCGCAUGCUGAUAAUACAGGUGCUAGUCAUGGGGUGCAUUAUAGCUCUAGCUCCUCUGGCCAUGGUGCUCAAACUGGUGGUUAUGGACAUCAAAGCGCUCAUGGUGCUCAAAGUGGUUCCACACACUAUGAGUCACAUUCAGAGUCAUCAUGGUCUUCAUCAGGUAGAGGGACUGGUGGUAUGUCUACACAUUACCAAGGUCGUGAUAAUGUCGCUACUGAUCGGCCUAAUUAUGAUCAGCGUUUCAUGGGUCGUAAGAAGCGUGAUACUGAAGAGAAAGAUAUUCGGGAUUUCAUGCAGUGUCAGUCUUCUAAGUGUCUUACUAUCAGAUGCACGGUGGGACCAUUGUUGAAGGAUCAUGCUGCUUUGAUUGCUUUGAGGUCUAGGGUGAAUGUACGCACUUUGCGAAAUAUUACGACGUCUCAAUCAAUCAGUUUUUCAUCAAUGAUGUUGGCACGUAUUGAUAAACUACCCUACAUUGGAAGACCAGUAAAUCGGACUGUUCACAGCCAUGAAAUCUUCACGACUAUAGCAGCGCCGCAACCGGACACCAAAACAGAUAUCGUGCCAUUGUGGGUGAUUGUGUUAUCAGCCGUGGGUGGCACAAUUGUUUUACUGUUGUUGAUUUAUUUGCUGCAUAAGCUUGGUUUCUUCAAGAGAAAUCGUCCAUCUGAUGCGCCCGAACGUCAACCGCUAAACCGCAAUGCGUAUUACAAUGGUGACCAAGCCCUGUAAACCAACCCAGAGUAAUACAACGAACAAAAACGUUUUGAUCAUUUAUAUGAGUCAAACAAUCGACUGAUCCCGGCAGCUUGCAACUACAACUAUGGAUCAAAUCAAACGAUAUUACACCACUAAACAACAACGUUGCAAAUUGAAGCAACUCAUGUGAACGAAGAUGAAAGAAUGAAUUCGAAACUUAUUUAUUACUUACCUGUAUAAUGCGUGUGUGUAUAAUUGUGUACGUGUUUAGUAAUUGUCGGACGUAUGGUGGAAUAUUGUGACCGUUCAGCAGGAGGUUGCUGAGAGCAAUAAUGUGGUUUAAUUGUAUUGCUUUUCGUGCAAGACAAGCAAAAAGAAGAUGAUGAUGAUGAUGGAAAUGUUGAUUCCUAACACCACUAAAACUAAAUAAAGCGUUUUAUCUAGUGCCUUAACAAAAGUGCAAUUUGCAAAUUUGCUUACUGAGAUUACACAAUAGAGUGACGAGGGAAGAGAGAAAUUAUAUUAUUUUGAGAGGAACGAAAUACUAUGUGCUGAUGUUAAAAUUUGAGAAUGAAGAGGUGGAAAAAUACUAAAAAUUGUUAUAUACUAAAUUAUUAUACUUACUGUAAAUAGCUAAUACAAAUAAAUAAUUUUAGACUUAAA